GAUUGGCUGGCGACUGAUCCAGGGUGUAUCGUGUCUCUCGCCCGAAGUUGGCUGGCAUAGACCAGCCCCCCGUGACCCUGUGUGCAGGAUAAGUGGUUUGAAGAUGGACCGAUGCUCGCUGCUCUUCGUAAACUUUUCUAAUGUGUCUGUUUGAAGCAGCAUUUCUAUAUAAUCUAUCGCGAAAAUACUUCCUCACUGUUUCGGCCAAUCAGUUUUUUUCCCCUUAAGUCAUUCUAAACCGUCAAAACCAGUUUCUCACACAACACACCCUGAAAACUGCUGCCACAGUGCUUCCUCUAACUGAAGGAGUCGGCUAUGGAUUAUCAGGAGCAGGUUGAAGAAAUCACAACCACCGCCAAGUUUGGAGACUUGAUAGAAUUUGCCUACCCCAUCGGAUAUUCACACUGGGGAGUUUAUGAUCAAGAUGGAUAUGUAUUUCAUUUUGCUGUUGCAGAUGAAAAGCAACUUAUGAACAACAUUCGUACUUACCUACAAAAAAUCUUCCCGGUGUGCGGCGACCUUCUCCUUGGCCAGACCAGGAUCCGCAGGGUGCCUCUUGGUGAGGUGAACGUCCCGAAGGGCGUCCACGUCUGUAUCGGUAACACAAGACACGACUUUACCCCCUCAGCCCCGGAGCAGAUGAGACGACGGUGUGACGCCCUUCUCGAUCAGGACUUCCCAUAUAAACUUUUCACCCUCAACUGCGAGCACUUUGCUACUUUUGUACGUUAUGGAAAAGCAGUGUGCAACCAGCUUCCUGGAAGAACGAAGAAUAAAGAGUGUGAGGUGGCAACUGAAAGCUUCAAGAAAAUUGUCAGCCCUGAAGAAACUGAUGCAGGUCCCUUGAGGGAAACCUCUGACUUCUUUAAUUCACAUGUAUGGUAGGAAAAUGCAUUCCAGGCAAAUGAUGUGAACAAUAGUGUAAUUCAUAAUUGUUCUGCUGGACUAUAUGAAUCGUCUUUUAUUAAUACAGCUAAUCAGAUAUACUAAUCAAUCACAAAUUCUGAACUUCACAAAUGGGCUAUGGUGUGUACUCAUGCAACCUCAGCCUAACAUGCCAAAGGUCAUGUCAUACAACCUGUUCAAUUACAACCUCAGGUAUGUAUGUAAUUAUGCAUGUAUGUAUGUGUCGAUGUGGAUGAGGGGAAGUACAGUGACUGCAGAGGAGCUUCCAACAUUGUAGUUCAACAUUUUACUUGAGCCUGACUCCAGAGGAGGGCAGUGCUGGGUCGAAAGCCCUAAAAACGGACAACAGUCAAUUAACAGCUAUUAUGGCUGGUAAUCAAUUACUAAUCAUCAUGUUGACAAAGUUAUCAUUUUUAUAUGGUUUCAAGUUUUUGCAUUUGUAAGCAUUGAAAAAGAAUUACGUAACUGUUACAACACAUACUGGGGGUUUAAAUUAUAACAAAAAUUUAAAAAUGGCAAAAGGUAUCAAUUAGCUGUAUCUCAUCUUAGAAACAUUGUGUGGGAUGUAGUAGCAUUUAGUGGUACAGUUGCAGAUUACAAAAAAAAACAUACUGCUCUGUCCAGCCCUCUUUUACAGGUGUUUUGGCCUCUCUGGUGGACAUUAUGGUUGGGUAAUAGGUAAGAAUAGGAUUAUAUUACUACAAGGCGCUCACAUGAUUAAUACUCAGUUCAUUCCCAUGACUAAAUAAUGCAUUUAAGAACGUAUAUUAUUUUAAACAAAUAAAUUCAGAUUAGAAUACAUUUAAAAGGAUGAUAAAUGUUAAAUGGACUAAACUUGUAGGUCUUUAACACUAUUAUUACUAUGUCAACAUUCACUCUUUUCUUCAAAGGCAUAUAGACGAAAACUAGCAGAGCCAAUUUAUUUUAGAUUAAACUAUGAUAUACACAUAACAUUCAAUAAUCUGACAUUUGUUUGGAAUACUUCACUAUAAUGUAGAAGACAUUUCUAUGGGGCACUAUACCAUAAUUUUUCUAAUAUCACCCUAAACCAGUGAUUCUCAACUAGUGGCCGCGGACCCGUUUUUAAUGGGUCGCGAGCCUCUGCAUGGGAAAAUAAAAAUUUGAAUUAAAAAAAAAAAAA